AUGUCGAAGAUCUCCGACUACAAAUUACUUGCGUUUGACGUCUAUGGCACGCUUAUUGACUGGGAGCAAGGUGCGCUCACCGCUCUUCAGCCUCUCCUAGACAAUAACUCCGCUUCAAUCUCUCGAUCGCAUCUCCUCAAUGCAUUCCAUGAAUGCGAGGCUGCCCAGCAAGCCAAGACACCGGAGCUGAAGUAUGCUCAACUGCUUGCCACAAUUCAUCCCCAGAUUGCGACCAAGCUUGGGCUUGCAGCCCCGACUGCGGCCGAGAGCGAAGCUUUCGGCAACUCUGUCAGCUCUUGGCCCGCUUUCCCUGAUACUGUUGACGCCCUGCGACGGCUCUCGUCCCACUACAAGCUCGUUGUCUUGUCCAAUGUUGACCGCGAAUCGUUCAAGGGGUCCAAUGAGGGACCACUUCAGGGCGUGCCUUUCGACCUUAUCAUCACCGCUCAGGAUGUUGGUAGUUACAAGCCGAACCUGCAAAAUUUCGUACAUAUGCUCCGGGAAGUCAAAGAAAGGUUUGGGGUGGACAAAGAACAUGUUAUUCAGACUGCACAGAGCCAAUUUCACGACCAUCAUCCGGCAAAGGAGAUAGGCAUCAAGUCAUCAUGGAUCAUCCGUCCAGGUGCCGUCAUGGGCAACAGAGAUCAGGAGAUCUGGGAUUGGAAGUACGACACUCUCGGCCAGAUGGCUGACGCUUUGGAAGCCGAGCUUGGAAAAGUCGAUGAUUAA